UUUCAGAUCCCGUCAAAGUCCUGGAAGAAUUUCCCGAUAGGAAGACAUUCUCGUAUGCUCGUCGUGCAUCAACGUUAAGCCCAUCUCGUACUAGCGAAGCCGGUCAAUGUUUUCUCAGAUUAGGCCCCUUCCGUGUAUACUCUUACGGCCACUCAACAACACGCCCUUGACUAGGUAGUCUUUGUUCCGAUCUUGUGUGUGGCAGACCACCAUGGCCCCUUCGAGGAGUAAACUUCCAGGCAGAUUCAUGCCACCACCCUCACGUCAUAACGAUAUCAUGAAAUCGAUCCUUGCCGAUAUAGCACCUUGGCUUCGAGCCCAGAAGAGGAACCCUUGCCACCCAGAACAGCUCGACGGGUGCUUCACAAUCCCGGUGGCUUUCUACAUGCAGUAAACUUUCUUUGCUCUGAACCGGGGUUGAAUUAGCUUCGGAAAGGAGGCUGAUUUCUAAUCGGAUCUUGACAAGGAAUGGCGAAUCAUGGUUCAGGUUAUAAAGUCCACAUUAUCUCUAACUUCAGGCUUGAGGAUUCCGGAUAGCUUGAUUCUGUCGUCGUAUGGCCAACAAUUCACGGCGCAUAUGUCUAUACAUUAGCUCCUUGAUGUUGUUACCAUGGCCUUCUUCCUCUUACUAGUAAUUGUUGGACUAAUACUGUACGUCUUGCAAGUAAGAAUUAGUAGGAGGAGAAUCCCUCCUGGCGCUCAACCUCUACCAGGCCCUAAGUCCUAUCCGAUUAUCGGCCGCGUUCACGAUGUACCUACAAAGGCAUCGUGGAUCAAAUUCUAUGAGUGGAGUAAAGAGUACGGGCCAAUUUACCAGACUGAGAUCUUUGGCACUGUCCACGUCUGGAUCUCGUCAGAACGGGUUGCUCAUGACCUCCUUUCCCGCCGUGCGGCCAUUUACUCGGACCGCCCGCAAAUUCCCAAUCUGCCCGACAAUCGCACGAAAGGAGACUACUUAGCUCUGACAGAUACGUGGAAACGUCAGCGCAAACUGGCUCAGCAACUCAUGACCGCCAAUGCGUCGUUACACGAUUAUCCCAGAAAAGAGCGCGAUCGUUUCCUCUAUCUGUUGUCGACCGACCCGUCUCAAUACCGCGAAUUCAUCGAGCAGUUUACAUCUCGUACGGUAGCCCGGUUGACAUGGGGGAGUCCACACUCGGCAGAUCGACUCCGUGUGACCACAGCGGGCCUCCUCGUGACGAUUUCGCCGGCCGGAGCGCUGCCCAAUUUUAUCUCGUGGCUGAUGUAUCUCCCGACCUUUCUGAGCCCGUGGAAGAAGGAAGAAGCGGCCCGGCACGCAAUGGAAGCCCAACUCUUGAAAGAUAAUGUUCAAUAUGCUCAUGAGCGCAUCAACGAGGGGACUAUUCAGCCGAGCUUCAUUCGCACGUUCAUCAAGAAUACAGGCCUCCCCGGAGACAAAAUGGAGAGCAUCGGAGAGGUUGAAGCUUCGUAUGUAAUUGGGCAGAUGGCCAUUGCCGGGGCAUUGACCAUCGGCAGCCCUAUCCAGAGCUUCAUUCUAGCGAUGCUGCAUUAUCCAGGAUGGCAACGGAAACUCCAGGAUGAGAUCGACAGGGUCUGCGGCGGCGCCUGUCCACAGUGGGAGGAUCGCGAAAAGCUGCCCAUGCUCCGCGCCGUCGUCAAGGAAAUCAUUCGGUGGAGGCCUCCUGUUCCGACAGGAAUUCCUCACGCGAUCGAACAAGACGACGUAUAUAAUGGUUACUUCAUCCCCGCCGGUGCCACCAUUCAUGCGUUAGAAUGGGCCAUGACAAGAGAUGAACAGACAUAUCCCGACGCCGACGCCUUCAACCCGGCCCGUUGGCUCGAGCCCAAGUACCCGACGUACAAAGAGCCAUUGACGGAAUAUCCGAAGCUGAACGGGUUCAGCCAGUUCGGAUUCGGCAGGCGGACAUGCCAGGGCAUCCCGCUCGUCGAGCAGGACUUGUACCUUGCCAUGGGCGGCAUGGCAUGGGCCUUCGACCUGCGGAAGAAGAGGCGCCCAGAUGGCAGCGAGGUCCCCAUUCACUGGAAUGAAUAUACCCCGCUGCUCAUCGCCAAGCCUAUGCCUUUUGAGUUCGACGCUGUCGUACGGAGCGAGAAGAAAAGGGGCCUCCUGAGGAGGAUGUGGGAGUCUGGGAAGGGCGACGAGUAA